UCUCAAAUCGUCAUGACGAAUGGUGAGCAAUAUUGGACCUUGAACCGCCGCAAUGCUGGAUCGCUCCCUUGAUAAGUUCCCGGUUUGUUGUAUAUAGGGCCCUUAGUCGCUGGCUAGCACCUCAACUACGUUCGCAUUCGGACCAAUCAACCCCCUCCACGUAAUUCAGAGAAACUUAUCAUCGGACACAGCAUGGCAACUUGCACAGUACCCGUACUUGUAGUCGGAGCAGGCCCAGCCGGCCUGGCCGUAGCCUUGGCGCUUGCACGGAGCAGUGUACCAGUGCGUAUCAUAGAAAAGGAGCCUCAAUACCGACGCGGCCAGCGCGGUGCGGGUAUCCAGCCUCGCACAUUCUGAGUUUUCCACUUCCUGCGUGUUCCCGAGAUCCACGAACGCGCAACCUUU